AUGACAGCGAAGAAACCUAAAAAGGAUGCAAGAAAACUGACGCCGCGGUCGCCGCCGACGAACACCACCGGGGUGGAGAUGGCUCCGCCGGCCCGCGACGAUUACGAGUACCUAACCCCGACGCUGCCCCCGGGCGUCUACUUCAACCCGACGAACGAGGAGAUCGUGCACACCUACCUCAAUGGGUGGAUCGCCGGGCACGACACGUCCGGCGCAGAGGCGGCUGUCGUCAUCGAGGACGACGUCUACGGUGAUAGACCCGACGUGCUAGCGCGCAGGCACCUGUCGGCCAGCACCCGCGACUCCGACCCCAACUGGUGGUUCUGCUGCCACUGCAAGGUGCAGGCCAUGCGCGGCGGCGCCGGCCACCGGGGCGACCGCGGCGUCGCCACGGGAGGCUACUGGAAGCUGGAGCAGACCACGAAGGAGGUGAGAUGCGAGGCGGACGGCGAGCACAUCGGGUUCAACCGCAGCUUCGGGUUCUACGUCGAGCACGAGGGGGAGAAGGAGAAGACGCGGUGGCUCAUGGAGGAGUACACCAACGUCGACCACCCGGACGAAAGCACCGCUCGCAACGACGGCAGAAAUGUCCUACCCGCGCUCUACAGGAUAUACCUCACCCCACGCGAUCCCCACAAGAAGAAGAGGAAGAAGAUCAGUGGGCAGAGAUGUUGGGGACGAGCACGACGACGCGUUCGUGGUGCCGGCCAGGAGGAGCCGCAGGGCGGCUUUGAAGCGCCGCCGCCGCCACCUUCGAGCGUUUUCAGUGAGUACCGAGGUGAUGAGGCCGCGUCGUCGGACGAUGAUCACGGCAUGACAACGAACGGCAGCGACGACUGCCCUGAGCUGCGUGUUCUCGUUACAAUGAACGACCACGGCAUGCCGGCGUGGGAGAUGGGCAUGGGCGGAGGAUACGUUUUCGCCGACACGUCUUGGAUCGACGAACACUACCAGAACACUGAGUGA